GCAUCACUUCCUGCACAAUAUAGUCUGAGCUGGCAUAAACUACUGGUACAGAUAAAGCCACUGUCCACCAUAAUAGUCAACUUUCUGUUUUUAUUUCAACCGGACAAUUGUGAUAUAAAAAGCUCCUGUGCCAAAAUUCAAGAAAAUCUGAUAUAAAUGAGUAACAAUUCAUCAUGUAUUCAACCAUCAAUGAUCUCUUCAAUGGCUUUACCAAUUACCUACACCUUCCUUUGUAUUGUGGGUCUCUUUGGAAACUCUCUCUCUCAAUGGGUAUUUUUAAUGAAGAUAUGUAAGAAAACGCCAACCCACAUCUACUUAGUACAUCUUGUGACUGCAAACUUACUUGUGUGCAGUGCCAUGCCUUUCAUGGGUGUCUAUUUCCUGAAAGGUUUCCAAUGGAGAUAUCAAUCCGCACAAUGCCAGGUGGUUAAUUUCCUGGGAACUCUAGCCAUGCAUGUAAGUAUGUUUGUCAGCCUCUUAAUUUUAUGUUGGAUUGCCAUAAGCCGCUAUGCUACCUUAAUGAAAAUGGAUUCUACACCAGAGACCACUUCAUGCUAUGAGAAACUAUUCUAUGGCCAUUUACUGAAAAAAUUUCGUCAGCCCAAUUUUGCCAGAAAGAUAUGUACUUACAUAUGGGGAGUUGUACUGGGCAUAAUUAUUCCAGUUAGCAUAUACUACUCAGUUGUAGAGGCUACAGAUGGAAAAGAAGACCGGUGCUAUAAUCGGCAUAUAGAACUAGGAGCCAUGAUUUCUCAGAUUGCAGGUCUCAUUGGAACCACAUUCAUUGGAUUUUCAUUUUUAGUUGUACUAAUAUCAUAUUACUCUUUUGUGAGCCAUCUGAGAAAAGUAAGGACGUGUACAUCUAUUACAGAGAAAGAUUUAAUUUACAAUUCUGUAAAAAAGCAUCUGGUGGUCAUCCAAAUUCUACUAAUAGUUUGCUUCCUUCCAUAUAGUAUUUUUAAACCCAUUUUUUAUGUUCUACACCAAAGAGAGGACUGCCAGCAAUUGAAUUAUUUAAUAGAAAUAAAAAACAUCCUCACUUGCCUUGCUUCAGCCAGAAGUAGCACAGAUCCCCUUAUAUUUCUUUUGUUAGAUAAAAAAUUCAAGAAGACAUUAUGUAAUCUCUUUACAAAAUCUGAUUCACCACACACACAAUCAUAUAGUUGA